AUGGCCAAAUCGCUGCGUUCGAGCUCCAAGCUCAAGGCUCGCAACCAGAAGCGCACCAACCCCAAGAGCGACUAUGCCGUGGCAGAAGCCGCCCGCGUAGCUGCACUCUCGGCCCGUCUCACAGCAAACGUCAAGCCAACAGACGACCAAAUCCCUGCCGAAGACGAGGCUGCAAUCAAGGACGAUGCUGACGCCGUCGAAAAGCCAAAGAUCUCCACCUCCGGCCCACGCAACUCGCGCCGCGAAGAAUACCGCACCUCCAAAGGCUUGAAGCCCUUCAAGAACAAGGGCGGAAACAGCCUCUUUGACGCACACAAGUCCAAGAACGGCGGUAAACCAAAGCGAAGACGCUAG